AUGCCAAAGCUGGAGAAGGGGAGCAGUGAGAACCUUGGUUCUGCUGCACUGUGGAGGGACGGGCUAAAGGAGGAAGUAGUUGAAGUCCCUGAAAUCAUGCUCCCCAAUUCCACACUUCUCCAGCCACAUUUCUCGAACUGGAGAAGGAAGCUUUCCUCUGCCAAUCACAUAGCAGACCUAGAGUCCCUGACCUUGGAAGGCAACACUACUGGCCAAAGGUGUAGAAGGAUCCAGAGAGCUUUAGCUGAGUUCUUGGGUGACGGGUGCGUGUUGAUGCCCUGUGAAAGCAGUCUUUGUUUGAAGAUGAGGUCGCUGAUGGAGUAA